ACGAACAAAAUGCGUGGACGCCACAAACAAAAAUAUUCCGUGCACGUCAUAGCUUUUGUACACACUAACGUGACAUGUAGGGUCUGCAAACCGACUGGCUGUGAAAUGUACGUUAUAGGGUCAAAGCGCACCGAACUUACAUAUAGCCCCCUUGUGACUUCCGUGCGCGCGAGCUGCGUGUGUCUUUUGCGGUCUGGCGCGCCAUCAAAGAGCGGCGCGCGCAUGGAGCUGAUUGGUGGGCUGCUCCUGCAAGCAGACCCUCUGGUGCACGCGGAGACAGGGCAUGCUGCACCAACACAGUUUCACUAAAUCAAGCUGCUUUUCAACAAUUUAUUAGCCUACUUUCGGCUUAAGUUCCUUUAUGGGGAACUACUUUCCCAUUGUGACAACUUUCCUCAAUCCACCUCCAUGCUUGCUAUCUUUUUUCCUCUGGGCAUUUACGUGUGGAAAUGUCUGCAUUGUACUAUAAACUUGACAGACUUUAGGGUUACUGAAGCAAAAUUGUGUUACAACUUGCAAUAAUCUACAUUGCGUGUGAACAGGAUUAAAUUUAGCUAGUGACUUGAUGAUCAAAGUUUACCUAUUGUUGGGCUUGCUAUAGAAAACGGGGGUUUCAGUAGGCUAUAUCAAAAAUAUUACACAUAUACUGUACAGGUAUGUCCUGAAUUUUGUUUAUUGUGUCUUUCACUAAUUUCUUUUUUAUCAUAUUUAAUUUUUUGAAAAAGUGUAAACACAAUUAUUUUAGUUCAUUAUUUACUUUAUUUAUCUCAUUUUUCUCACAGUUAGUGGCAGCCAACAAUAAAUUUGGCAUACAGUUAGAGCACAAUGUAAAAGUGUUUGAAACUGGGUUUGGGAGGGGCAGAUGGGAGGUUUUUUGCAUCCUUUCGGUGGCUUUGUUCAUGUUGCUUUGAGAAGAACGGAAAGACUUCGCUGAGAAAAAUGUAUCAAAUUUACACUGGAUUUUAUGUGAUUUUGGCCAUAACACAAUGUGUGGGGGGAUCAACACUCAUCGCCAAAGAACAACAUGUGGUUCGAGUCGAUUGUGUCCCCGGCAUUACUGGCGCUUUGGUUUUCUGGUUUCGGAUUAAAGGGGAUGGCCCUGAGUUUUUAUUUUCUAGUAAAAACAAAGAUACAAAAACUGAUGUUGAUAAAAAAUAUAAAGUGGUGCCAUCAGGUGAUAUGGUGCAUUUGGUCAUUCUGUCAUUCAAUAAAAAGACAGACAGUGGUGUGUACGCCUGUGCUGCGAUGAACAACAACAAGCUUAUUUUUGGAAAACACACUACUGUUAAUGGUGAACCAGAUCCAACAACACCCCCAAAAAUUACUCCUGCACCGACUAAGUCAAAACCUGCCAUUGCUACGACACAGUGUGCAUGCAAAAAAACAGAACCAAAGGCUGUCCUGAACUGUGAGACUUGGAUUUUUUCAUCUUUGGCAGCUGGCUGUGGUCUUCUGCUCCUUUUGCUGGUCAUCACAAUUUUGUACUGCAACCGUUUAAGAACAAGACGAUGUCCCCACCAUUACAAACGACAACCUCAGAACAGACCUGCAGGACAUGCUAAACUGCCCAACAACUUCUAGUUGUGGUCAAGCAAGCCCAAUUCAGGUUCAAGAUUUCAUUUGUAAUUCUGUAUCUAGUGGACAUGUAAGGUUAAACACAGUUUCCUCUUUUAUGACUAUUAGAUUUAUUAUAAACUUCUUUCAUUGCAUUUUCUUUGUAUUUGUAAUUUUAAUAAGAUAUAAAGUACAGAUACUUUUUUCAUAUUUUUGAUAAUCCUCAAGUGUUACUGGUGAAAUGUUUUAUGAUUGUUUUUGGUUCAUAUACAUGCAUUUUUAAUCACAAAACAUUUUGAGGUGUGGCUGGGUAAAACGUAAUUGUAUUGUUGUAAUGGCUUUUAAAGAGCUAUUCUGCCAUCUGCUGGCCAUAAACAGAUUAGACGAUAAUUGAUGUCAGUAUGUAUUUGAUCUUAAACACAGAGAAAAUGCAUCACAAAUAAAACAACAUUAUAGUGCUGUUAAGUGAUUUUUUCUCCCUUUUUAUCCAUUUCAGCUUCACAUAAAAAGCAUUUGUGUUGAUGUAUUGCUAUUUUGUUGUAAAUAACACAUUUAAAAAGCAAAUAAAAACGUGAGGCAACUGUCAUGUAUGAAUAAAUAACGCUUACUGUCUAUCCAUCCAUCUAUUUUCAAUGAUUUUUCUCAAUGCGUUUUAACAGUGAAAAGGAAAAUCUGCCAUAUUAAGCAAUAACUGAGAUCAGUUGAAAAAAAACGGUACGUUAAACUGUUACUUUUAUUUUAAUAUAUGCUUGUAACAACAUUAUAGCACAACACCAGUCUUGAUGCCUUUUCAUAAAACACAUAUUAUUAGACUUUCUCAUAUACACACAACAACACAAGCUGUUCAAUUACACUUGAAGAUGUAUUUGAUAAACUAUUGUCAUUCUAUGUACUCACACACCCCAAAAUAAUAGAUCUGAGCCCCAAUACAUCACUACAUCUUUAUUUGCACAUACAUUCCACGAUAACAAACCUGAAAGAACAUAGCUAUGAUUUCAUUUGUUUAAAUCUUUAGAAGUAAAAAUCCCUUCUUGAAAAUACCAUUUUACACGUUUUUUUUUUUUUUUUGGAAGACUUUGAAAAAAGCUUUCUUCAUCCGUAGAACCUUUUGCAAGUAGGAUGUGACCUGUUUUCUGGAAGACACUAUUGCGUUUAAGGGUCGUCUUUACAGUCAGCUAUGGAAGUUAUUCAAACAUUUCAAA